AUUAUAUGCACCGCCUUUGGAUGUAGCAAAGCGUUUCAAUUCUUCAGUUACGGUCGAAAUAAGCAGACAUUUUUGUUUGAAACACUGGUGUGUGAAGGAAAAACGAUAUAAAAAGAAAGUUUUUGGAAGUUGUUUCGAAAUUCGGGCGAAAAGUGAUAUUUUUGCAAAAACGCCGCAUAGAAUUAAGUUUAAUACAAUAUAAUCGAGAAUAAGCAGGCAUCAAAAAGACAACAUGGGUAAAACUCAAAGCAAAAGAUCCGUUGAUAUAACCACCGAAGCCAAGAAGACCCCUGACGAAGAGGUUGGAAAGUUAGAAAAAAUCGAAGAUCUCGAUCAGAAGCAAGUAAAUGGUGAUGCAAGCUCUCAGGAUAAUGCUGAAACGGAGACAUUACAGAAAAAGGAGGGCGAUGAAACUGAAAAUGAUAAAGAUUUGACAACCGAAAAGAGUGGCGGCGAAAGUGGUGCCCAAGAUGGCGGUGGUGACAGUAAUACUGGCCAAUGUAAUACAAGUGCUGCGGAGCCUGCUUCUAAGGAAGACGACUCGGCUGCCUCUAAAGAUGGUAAUAAAACGGCAGAGGAAAUAUCGCCUCUUGCCGACGAGAAUAACAAAAAGCCCAAGAAGGAGAAGGUAAAAAAGAAAUGGUCGUUCCGCAGCAUCUCAUUCGGAAAAAAAGAUAAACAAAAGCCUACAAAGGCCGAAGACGCAGCAACUGAAAAUGCGGCGGCCACAAAUGAUGAAACCGCAGCUCAAGUUGGCGAAGGGGCAGCCACAGAAGAGGCGGGAGAAAAAGUUCAAAAUACUGAAGCAGCUGGGGACCCUGAAGCAAAAAAAUCUUGUGAAAAGCCCAUUGAAAAUGGCGAUAGCUCUGAGAAAGAAGUGAAUGGGGAGAAAACAUCUACAUCAACCACACCAAUCGAAGAGCAGCCAGCAAAGGAAAUCUCUUCCAACGAAAACGCCACCAACAUUACGAAAAACACCACCGAAACAACAAACUCAGUUGAGAAUAACUCAACCACUACCACUGAAACUAAUCAGACUGAGAAGAAAACUACUACCACUGCCACUAUUGCAGCCGCAGACACUUUUGAAAGCGCACCCGCUGUCGUGAGUAAUGGUGAGGCAAUCGAAAAUAACGGAACAGACACGUUAUCGACUGUCGAUGAGCAGAAAGAUCAAGUUAUAGACAAAGCAGCGGAAUUAAUUGUUGAAACGUCUGACGUUGUCGAAAAAAUGAAAAGCAUUCCAAAUGUUGCAAACGAGGUGUCCGAUAACAACGGUGUACAUCAAAAUGGCACGAGCGCAAAUGGUGAAGAGCUCGAAACCGAAAUCGAGUCCAAAUCACAAGUUGAGGUAAUAUUCCAAACAGAUAAAGCUGCCCUCACUGAUGAUUUAGUUACUUUAACUACCGCUACUACUUCCUCCUCACCCAAAUCAACCCUUAUUUUAUCCCCUGAUCCCAACAACACUGAAUCAAAGAAGAUCGAGAAUUGCGCACCAAGCAGCACAAGUGUGAUUAGAGAUUUGACUGAAACGAAAUUUGAAGAAGCAAUUAUUGCUACUGAAAGUGCCGCAAGUGUUGUAGUUGAUGUGGCUUUUAAGGCAAUCGAACCUGUAUCAACAUCUACAGUCUCAGACACAAAUCCAAUUGUAGACGGUAAUGUUUAUGCAGGGAACGAAGAGCCGCCGGAGCCUGAACCCCAAAAUGAAAGGCGCCCAGAUCAAAGCCCAACCGAAAGCCAUUGUGAAACCGAAGGUGACGAAUCGAAUACAGCAGUAAGUGCAACGUCAACGGCUCAUGAGUCCCCAAAACCUCCUCCGCUACCUGUUUCCCCUCCACCUUCACAGGUGUCGGUUUUUGCGUUUAAUGACAACAAUCAAGUUGAGGAAGAAGGAAUUUGUGCUCCUUCCACGGAUAUUCUUGCUGAAAUCGAAACGUCAAAACCACCCUCCACCGCUCUAUGUAAUGAUAUCGUUAGCAUGCCUGAUUUACAAUCUACGGAUGAAAAAAUAUUGAACAAAGAAGAUGGUACGUGCGACCUUCCAUCUUCUUGUGUUCAGAGUGAAUCUGACACGGAAACUAUUGUUAUCGAGGCCAUUACACCGGAAUAUUUCAUCAAACAAGUGGAAGAUACCAUUGAGCAACCAGAAGCUUCCGAAGCGCCGGAGAAUUCCAGUAAAUAUAUUCAGCAGAAUAUAUUGGUAACCGAUGAAGAACCUUCGACGGCCAACUUUCCUAACUCGGCGCACGAAGUUGCACGGGUUCCAGAGCACAUUUCGGAGAAUGAAGAUGAUGAAUUUGUAAAGGCAGCCACAGCAGUGGUAGACGAAAUAACAGAAAAAGCUGUAGAGCUAAUUCAACAACAGAAAGAUGUACAUCUACAAUCAGAAGUUGAGGAAUCUGACCAAAUUAUUACAACAAAUGAUGAAGAUAUUAAGACUGAUAAUAAAGCUACCGGAAUUGAUAAUCAUGUUAAUGAUGAUGAAAGUUUUCCCGUAGAGGAAGUAAAAUCUCAAAUGGAAUCGUUUUCUACUAAAAGUGAGGAUACAGAUUCGAUCAAAAAUGCGCCGUUGGCUGUUGAGUCCCUUUUACAUGACUGCCUAAAAACGACUGAUAAGCAUAUAGUUGAGGAGGAAAAUCCAUUUUCUACAGAAAUUUGUAGUGACAGUGUGGUCAGUGUUAAUGAUAAUCAAAAUUAAUGCGGCGACAACAUGCAAUUAACGAACAAUAAAUACAGCACUUUAAAUAUAUGAUUAAAUACGAAAACGAAAAUAUUUGCCGUUUGUGCAUCAAAGUAACGCCUUGCACCAAUGCAAUCACUCGUAUUAAACAUGAAAAAACAUCUUCAAAUGUGCUGUAUUCUACUCGCCCUACUAUCUCAUCACGAUAUUACCAACACUAAGGAUCGAAAGGAGAGUGCUGCGGCAGAGGUCACAACCCAGGAUCUUCCCGUUAUAUGCGAAUAAUCCUAUUCAUAAUUAUAUUAUAUAAACAAAAACAAAAAACGAAAGAAAAUACAUUUUUAACAUUUACAUAUUUUAAUCAUUUUGUACAACUUCAUAUCCCUAAUCCAAGAUUAUAUGCAAAAUAAAGUAUACACAAAAUUUCUAAAAACAAA